AUGGCCCUCGCCGCGCUGCUGGCCCUCGUCACCGCUGCCACCAGCGCCGCUGCCACCCCGGGGGUGUCGUGGAGUGCUGUGCCCAGGAGGACUGUCCCCUACGCCGGUGAGUACCACAGGGGGGGUGACGUGGGCGGCGCGCGGACGCUGCAGAAGAAGUGGACGUCGUUCCUGAAGGCGCGGUUGGUGUGCUCGGCCCCGGAGCAGCAGCUGCACUUCAACCGCCUGCAGGCCGUGUUCACCCUGCCCGGNUGGCAGUGUCUCCCGUCCCAUACCGACUGUUUCAACUACGUGCGCUUCCUGCAGAGCUACAACAGCUCUCACCUCUACGCCUGUGGCACCUACGCCUUCCAGCCCAAGUGCACCUACAUCGAGCUCUCCGGCUUCACCCUGGACCCGGUGGCAUUCGAGGACGGCAAAGGCAAAUGUCCCUACGACCCCACCAAGGGCCACACCGGCCUCAUCGUGGACGGGGAGCUCUACUCCGCCACCUUCAACAACUUCCUGGGCACGGAGCCCGUCAUCCUGCGCAACCUGGGCCCGCACUACUCCAUGAAGACGGAGUACCUGACGUCCUGGCUGAACGCCCCAGCGUGCCCCAUCCCCGAGUGCCCACCGUGCCCACCCGCAGGUGACGGCUGGGUGCACAAGGCGCUGGAUUUGGGCUCCCACAUCCACCUGGUGGAGGAGCUGCAGGUGUUCGAGCCGGCACAGCCCGUGGAGAGCCUGGCGCUGGCUGGCACCAAGAAGCUGCUGUUCGCCGGGUCCCGCCUGCAGCUGGCCCAGCUGCCCCUGGCAGAGUGCGGGCGGUACCAGUCCUGCACCGACUGCGUGCUGGCACGGGACCCCUACUGCGCCUGGAGCCGCAACCGCAGCGCCUGCGUCCGCAGCGACGGCCACAACGGGUCCCACCUGGUGCAGGACGUGCUGAGCUCCGACACCAGCGCCUGCUCCGUGCCACAGGUGGCCAAGCAAGGUCCCCUGACUCCCAAGAACGUGUCGGUGGUGGCGGGCACCGACCUGGUCCUGACGUGUCGCCUGGGCUCCAACCUGGCCCGGGCUCUCUGGACCUUCGACGGCCGCGCCCUGGCGGCCGAGCAGCUUCUGCUUCUGGGCGAGUCGCGGCUGCGGGCGCUGGUGGUGCCGGCGGCGGGGGCUGAGCACAGCGGCACGUACCGCUGCCUGGCCGAGGAGCAGGGCGCCCUGCUGCCGGCCCAGGAGUACCGCGUGGCCGUGCUGCCCGGCCCGGGCGCUCCGCUGGAGACUCGGGCGCCGCUGGAGAACCUGGGCGCCGUCUGGGUGCUGGCCGUGUGCCUGGGCGCCCUGUGCCUGCUGCUGCUGCUGGCCGUGCUGUCGCUGUGGCGCCGGCUGCGCCACGAGCUGGGCAAAGCCACCAAAGCCAUCGAGAGCACCCUGGUGUACCCCAUCGAGCUGCCCAAAGAGCCGCCCAGCCCUCGCUUCGCCUCCAGCGCCGCCUCCGACUCGGACGAGAAGCUUUGGGAUCCUUCCAGUUAUUACUACUCGGACGGGUCGCUCAAGAUCGUGCCCGGCCACGCCAGCACGGCCGGCGGCGCCUGCUGCCGCAAC